AUGUUCACUGGACUACCCACGAGUGAUUUAUUAAUGUACAUAUUAUGUAAGAGCGUUGCUCCCAACCACGCUAAACCGCCUUGGUCUGCUACCCCGACCUCAUCAUCGGGAACGCAACAGGCAUCCAACUCAGAGAGCUGUCUGUCUGUUCAGCCCCAUCUGACCUCGAAACCUCCUUGUACCUCAGUAUCAGCAAUUGUCUUCCUUGGCGACCGCACCAUGGAUCCCUCAGAUAACCGCUUGUGGCGGUUCUCCAAGCCGGAAUGGCUCAACAACUCCAACAUCCGCAUCGCGGGUGUCUAUUCUGCUGGUGCAUUGUUCUCCCUCGGAUUCUUCUUCCUCGUCGACGCCGCGGCCUUCUCUCACAGCUCGCGCAAUGGCUCCAACGUGCACGUCAAGUUCGUCGACUGGAUCCCCGGCAUCUGCUCCGCGCUGGGGAUGCUGGUGAUCAACACGAUCGAGAAGUCGCGGCUGAGCGCCGACAGCUACAGCUACAGCGGCAGCGAGGUGGCUUGGAAAGCGCGGUUUGUGCUCUUUCUGGGCUUUGCGUUGCUCGCAGGGGGGUUGGCCGGUAGUGUGACAGUCAUGGUCCUCAAAUACGUCAUUAAAAAUUACCCCCUGCCGACGCUCUACUUUGGCAUCGCCAACGUCGUUGCCAACAGCUUGGUAAUGCUCAGGCAUGUGGUUCGGUUGACCUUUCCGUUAUAUGACCCUGACUCCCUUCCCCACUUUGUGUUAUAUCUAUCUAUAUCUAUAUGUGUGUUUCUAGCUAAGGGUAUGGCUGUGUCAGGUCAAUUAAUCGGUCAGUCAGGUUGA